CCACCCUCAUUACCUACGAGACAUUCAAGUCCCACGAGCUUCUUCUCUGUGUUCUCUUUCUUCUAUCUCAAACAUAACAAGGAGAAGACUGUAUUUCUUUUUCAUGCAGAUUGCAUCUUCCUAUCUGUCGGAUACAGCUUCACAUCCUCAAUGGCACCUUGUUAGCAUCCUUCCUCUCUAAGCAGCUCGGGCACACUCUCUACACCAUCUUGCCCUAGACACAGGCAUUCGACAGCGACCAUGAAAUGCUCCAACCCUUUUGCAUUCGCUCCCAUGUCGGUGACAUUAACUACCACGGUCGUCUAUCUCGCCAUCCUCAUUCCUCUUCUCGUCAUCCACGAAACAGUCCCACCUGCUCCUACCAACCCAACUGUGUACCGCGGCCUCAAUUUGACUGAAGCAUGGCUGGACUUGGACGAGUUGAGCAAUGGAUACCAUCCCUUCAACAGUCGGAGGAACGAUGAUGUCAGGAAUUGGCUGCUGCGAAGGAUAGAAAGCAUACUACACAGUAAUGGAGUGUCCUUCCUAUCAGACGACUCUGCCAAUACCCAAUCCUGGGAUGCAUCACCCUCAAAGCUCCCUCUUGAAGCUGCAAACCUAGACGAAUUGGAUCUCGGCUCUACUGAUGCCAAACCGGCUUCAACUUCCCACCAAGACCUUCGAACGCGAACCACAGAUCACGCUGCUGUCGUAUUCAGUGAUCUGCUAUCGAAUUAUACAAGCACAGCCCUCACGAGCAUCGGCGUGAGCGGACGUCGAGCUGGAAUCAGUACCUACUUCGAAGGAAGUAACAUAAUUGUAUACAUACGAGGGACUGAGGAUGAAGAAGGCGACUGGUGGAAACCAGUGCCUCCUUUCACACCACGAACAUUUGGAAAGGGUGGAAUCAUGGUCAACGCCCAUUUCGACAGUGUAUCAACUGGAUAUGGAGCUACAGAUGAUGGCAUGGGGGUGGUAACGGCUUUGCAGCUGAUCAAAUACUUUACCACUGAGGGAAACACACCUAAAAGAGGAGUCGUGGUACUCUUAAACAAUGGGGAGGAAGAUGGCCUCUAUGGCGCCAAGGCAUUUCUUUCCCACCCCAUGGCGGCUUUUGUUCAUGCAUUCUUGAACCUCGAAGGAGCCGGAGCCGGAGGUAGAGCUACACUUUUCCGAAGCACUGACACUGAGGUGACGCGCGCAUACGGAAAGGCCAAACAUCCUUUUGGUACUGUCGUAAGUGCAGACGGAUUUGCUUUGGGCUUCGUAAGAAGCGAAACAGACUAUGUUGUCUUCCGGGCUGAAGGAUACCGCGGGCUAGAUGUCGCCUUCUGGGAACCAAGAGCAAGAUAUCACACAAAUGAGGACGAUGCUAAGCAUGCUUCAAAAGCUUCAUUGUGGCAUAUGCUUUCGGCUUCUGUCGAGACCAUGAAAUAUCUGACUGCAGAUACAAAGGACUUCAUUGGCCCAAGAGGAGACAAUGCGACAGGAAAGGUUAAAAAUGGUUCAGGCUCUGAUGGUGUCUGGUUUGACCUCUUUGGAAGUGCCAUGGCCAUCUUCCGCUUGAGAACGCUCUUCGCCUGGUCUCUCGCACUUCUCAUUUCGUCUCCACUCAUCUUAGGCAUCAUUUCGUACCUGUUGGUUCGAUCAGACAAGUACUACCUCUUUGCUGGAGCUGUGAAGCCAGAAGGGCAAGACAGUGAUGCAGCUAUUUCACUGAAAGGUUGGAGAGGUGCCUUCAGAUUCCCUAUUGUGUUCAUUGUUUCCGCGGCCAUCACAUUCGGAGCUGCCUUUCUACUUAGAAAGGUCAAUCCAUUGAUUGUGUACUCGUCGCAAUACAGCGUCUGGACGAUGUCGAUCAGUCUCUUCUUCUGUGUGUUCUGGUUCCUCAUGGCUGGAUGUAACUUCGUUCGGCCAUCAGCUCUGCAUAGAGUCUACGCCUUGACUUGGAUGUUCAUACUUGGCUGGGGACUUUUGGUCGCUGCUACUGUAUUCGAAGACAGGUACAAAAUCAGCGGUGGUUAUAUGUUCGUCAUCUACGAGUCCGCUAUUUUCUUAGCGACUCUGAUCGGUUUGUGCGAGCUGUUUGCUUUGCCCAAAAAGAUGUCUAUUGUUGAGGACGCCCAUGAAGAAAACGAGACUCGAGAAGCGUUUUCCGCUAUCCCGAAUGUCGAAGCCCUCGCCCCAGCAAAUGAUGGUGGCGAUGAUGAGGCUGAAGCAAGUGAAACAACACCUCUUGUUGGUGGCAAUGGUCACCGGACUGUGUUAGGAAACACAUUUUCAAGAGGGUACAGAAGAUCCAUCACGGACCAGACAGAUGGUGCUACCGAUGACGGUCACAGCAAGCACCAUGCAUUUGGGGAGGAGCAAAGAUGGUCAGCGAAGUUGCCUACUUGGACAUGGCUAUUGCAAUUCCUCAUUCUUUGCCCAUUUAUUCUGGUAAUUAUUGGUCAAGUUGGCCUCUUGCUAGUAUCUGCUUUGGCGCAGACCGGACCUGAUGGGAGCCCUCUGCUGCUUCCCUACCUCGUGGUUGCUCUAUUCACGGUUCUGAUUAUUUUGCCAAUCACGCCUUUCAUGCACCGAAUUACAGCACCCGUCCCGACUUUCCUGUUCCUCGUCUUCAUCGCCACUUUGAUCUACAACCUCGUCGCGUUUCCUUUUUCGGCUAACAAUCGAUACAAAGCAUAUUUCCAACAGACUGUAGAUCUAGACAGUGGCAUUAACCAUGUCACUCUGGCUGGUCUCGAGCAUUACAUUCGAGAUAUUAUCUCUAACAUUCCCUCUGCAGCUGGUCAAUCUAUCGACUGUGCUCCAAGGCCACAAAUCCGUGCUGGCGUGUCAUUCUGCACUUAUGAAGGCCUGGCUCCUCAAGUUGUAGACAAUGUCGUCGAAGGCGUUCCUCCGGAGAAGGGAUACCAGGACUGGUUACACUACAACGUGACUCGAGCUCCAGGCUUGAACAAAGCAACCUUCCACAUUUCAGGCCAGGAGACCAAAGCCUGUAUCAUCCGUUUCGAUGAGCCCUUCACAGGAUUCCACGUCCGCGGCGCAGCCCCAAGCAACGGCCGCUGGUCAGACGUACCCGAAAGUGGUAGCGACCAAAUCAAGCUCUGGCACAGAGACUGGAAUCGCGAAUGGGUUGUCGAUGUCGAAUGGCCUGUCAGCGAUAGCAAGAAAGAAGGCGAAGAAGGACGGAGGGGCAGAGUAGUUUGUCUAUGGGCUGAUCAAAAUAAGCUCGGUACGAUCCCGGCUCUAGAUGAGGCGCUGAGGUUCUCGCCAGCGUGGACAGUGAUUACUAAGAUGAUGGAUGGAUUGGUAGAGGGAAGCAAAGCUUUUGUGGUUUAAUUGUUUAUUGCAUCGUGGUUUUGGAGUUCUGGUUUGGGCAUGGCUUGAGGAAUAGGGCAACAGAGCCGAAGAUUGACGAGAAAUGGAGUAAUGGUAAUGAUGUGUACGCAUAGAAUGAGCAUUGCAAAGGCUGCAUAAGGUCUUCCAAAAAUGGGUACCCGCUACACUUUCACGUGAUCCUCCACAACCAUCUUCAAAGACCCUUACCAGAGCAGUCCAGAUCCAGAGAUUUGUUAUACCUCUACGAAUUAUUCGUUGAAGGUCAAAAUUCACAGUUCAGGACUCCACAACCCAGACGUUAGCGUGAUCAG